GUCUAUUCCACACAUCUCUGGGAGGGGGUCGCGAAUUGAGCGGGUCGUUCUAGCCUGCAACGUCUUGUCUUCUGUAAACCAGAAGGGGCCGCUCUAGCAGCGGAGCCUCCGGCGUCGCUUAUUUCUCCUCGUCCUCCUUUCCGUCUUUCGAAGGCGGAUGGAUGGAGCUGCCUUGGGGAUUUGAGUUCGAGGAGUCGGUGUUUGAGGGGGGUGGCCGGGGGAAGAAGGGGCCGGCCUCACUUCUCCCCGCCUACAGCGCCCGUUGCUGCGAGCCUCAGUGGUUUUAUGAGGAAACAACCUGCGAGGAUGAGGCUGAAAGUAUCAAUGUAAAAAAAUUCAGAGGGGAUUUGGCAUAUAAUCAGCAAGAAUUUAAGAAGGCUCUACGUGAAUACUCCAGCUGCCUCACCCUGCUGCCCUCCAGCAACAUAGCCAUGAGAAGAGACGUACAAGAGAGUCAGGCUCGCUGUCUGGCUCAUCUGGGGCGACAUGAGGAAGCUUUAGAGAUUGCAGAGGUGCUGAGAAAUGGAGCGACAAACACUGACCACGUAACGACGGUGCUGGGCCUGCAGUUAACCAUAUACCGCACUGUGGACCAUACCGAAAAAAUAAUUGAGUGUUUGCAACAACUGAUUUCGUUACACCCAUUUCACCCCGAAUACUGGAAGUUGCUAGCCGAGGCUUAUAUGAGCCUUUUACCUUUUCCACUGCUAGCAUCAGAAGCUGAUCUCCCACAAAGCAAUGGUUCUUCCACAAAUGUGGUUUUAUCAGAGUCCCUUGGAAAUGAAACUGGCUUUCAGCAUUGCAAAAAACACACUUGGAGGAAGGAUUUCUCUUUGCCGCCUCCCUCCAAAACAAAUGGCAGCUUUGCAUCUAGUGAGGAAAGCCAAAGGGCAGAGGCGUGCAUUGACAGCCUGGGAAAACUGGAGCCCCAGCCCACAGUGGAAAGUAUUACGUUUGGUACCAUGGGACAGGAAGACAUUUGGAUAUAUGCGUGUGCCUCCUUUGUUAGAGCAAGACUCCUGCUUCAGCUCAUCGAGUUGCAUCAGUCUUCCUUCGCUUUGGAGAGUAACUUAAAAAUGCAGCAGGGAAUUGAAGGCAAAGUUGCAUCUUUUGGACUGAGCAGAGAUGUUUUGUUUUUGAUGACCGAGGUUAUGGGGGAGGAUCUCACCCCUGAAAAACUCAAGGAGGAUGCCCAGGGAGAGGUGAAAUGCAUAGGAGCUUCAUCCUUGACUUCCCUAAUGACGGCAUUGAUGGCAGGAUUUGAAAGCAAGUGGUUCCAGAAGCUCAGAGAAAAGUUAUGCUGCUUGGACGGUUGCACAUGACGCCAUUUGGCUGCAGUUAAUAUUUGUUCUGUUUGGUUUUUACCCUGCUUGGAACGAGGAAUCCAGCGGACGACAAGUACAGCCGGGGUGCUUUGCUUCAUGCAGGUCAGGGGGAUGAGCAGGGAUGCCACACCUGAAGUGGCCCGCGGCUGCCUCCUCCAAGAACAUCAUUUCUGCGCACAUCAGAGUUCCUUGGCUGUCGGGAAGUGAACGGGCUGGGUCAGAGAGAGGUUUAAAAGCAUGUGGUUCUGCAGCCUUCUUGAAGUUAAGCACCUUUGGGUCUGGUUAAGUGCCUGGAUGGGAGGCUUGGGGAAUCCUCUGUAAGCCACCUUGAGCUUCAUGGUGGAAGACAGACAUGCUAUACAGGAAAUAAUUCUCGUGGGGCAAGGAGCACAGCUGUCACUUCCUCCAAUAUUAGCUAAGCCCCAUUCCCCUUUUCUGCCCCUGGUGCUCUUUAUAAACCUGUGGCAGUCCCUGGACUGAGGGGUGGGGGUGCUGUCAGAUUUCUGUGUUUGAGCCUCCGACUACCCAGGCUUGUCCCACUUGAAAACGUGGUGAAAUGCUGUGCAGAACAAAGUCCAGAGUGUCUUUUAACAAUUUAAAGAAGUGUUCAUUGCUCAAUGGAAGCGAGCUUGAGAAACAUUCAUCAGAGAGCUGCUGUAGUAUAGUGGUUAAGUGGUUGGGCUGCGAGUCAGCACUCUGCUGGUUUGAAUCCCACUACUGCCAUGAGCUCAGCAGGGGGCUUUGGGUAAUCCACUCCUCUCAGCCCCAGCUCCCCAGCUGUAUUGUGGGAAUAAUAACCACACGGACUCUGUUCACUGCUCUGAGUGGGGCACUAAUCUACCCAGAAGAGUGGUAUAUGAGCACACUGUUACUACCUUGUGCGUGCAAGAAUGGAAACCUGAUUUAAAUAGGUCUUUGGGAGGGCUGUUACUGGUGGUCAAACACGGGUUCAAGCCACCCAUUGGUUGUGUGGUUAUGUUUAGUCACUUUCAUGCUUGUGCUAUACAUGGGGAAUUCUUCCUUCUGCUUGCAGAAAAGGAGAUUUUGUAUUUGAGAAGGUUUCCCGUAUGAAAUCUCCAAGGCAAGUGUUCCAUUUUGUGCUGCUGAUAGUCCCUUCCAGUGUAAUUAUUUGCUUUGAACCGUAUUAAUAUCAUCAGAUGCUCUCCCAGGUGAGGAACCAGCAGAUUUGAGUUUCCACAUCAGGACUGUUCGCGUUCCAGAAAUCAAGGUGUGUAGGUGGGUGGCCAUUUUUCCCCCUUUCCCCUUCAAGCGUUUCUUGUGGCUUUUUAUUUUGCUUGAUUUGUUCUGAUAACAGUUGACAAGAACCUCUGUAUGAUUUCGUGUCCUUCUGGGGCUUUGAUUCUUACAUUUCUUUGCUUUCAAUAUACUCACUCUUGCUGUGUUUUCUUAAGAAUGCCUUGCUGUAUAACAACCACACCUUGGAUCCGUGGGAGUGAUUUUUAAAAGUCAUCUGCCUGUCUGCAGACAUAGUUCCCUAAGAAUUUUAAGAAAACUGAGGGUUGGGUCAGUUCAGGUUUCACUGCCUUGUAUCCUGCCACUCAGCUUACCAAAGUCUAAAGCCUUCCUCUGAAGGAAGUGGCUUGUCCACCAUCUUGGCUCCUUAGUCCGGAGGAAGGCUUCGGAUUCUGCUGAGCAGAGUGGUAGGAUUCAAACCCUUGUUUUUCUACCUGCAGCUGUGAUGAUAAGGAACUGCUUUGCCCUAUAUAGGUCUGCCCUGUCAGCUUCAUGUAGGAGCCAAAAUGGUUCAUGAGCGUACACAAUGUGGCUUUCCUGAUUUUAGUUGUCGUAUCUUAGGGUACAGAGAAAACUGUUCCAGCGGCUUUUCCCUCCCAGUGGCCUCCCCCCUUUCCACCUCAAAAGCCUACAGGUCACCAGUGGGCAGGAGGAUUCCAAAACCUCAGUGGAAGUUUUGCCCCAGCCCCUUUAUAACUCAGGCCUUCUGACCUGCUCCAGAUAGGCAGGUCCGUUCCCCAGCCCUACUAGGAAAGAUUAUCAAGGGAUUAGUGUUCGGUCUGUUUGGCAGAUGUGCCCCAAAUAAGUGCACGUCCGGCUUGUGCAGCAACACACACGCAGUUUCCUGAAGUAGCUCUGAUGCGAGUCCCAACUUGGUGCAAUUUCUGACGCACCGAGCCAAAUGCAGCUCUUGCGCCCCCACCCCCAGUCAUGUGUAGGGGCUCAUUAGGGGCUCCAUAUACCAGCCACAGAGGAAGGGGCUUUUCAGAGUCUUGUGAAAGCGUGGUGCUUCUCAAACACCAGGCGGGCCACAUUGGGUAGCUGGUAGGCUGUGGUUGCCUUGAGAAGGGGCGGCGGGGGGGGGGGGGCUACAGAGUGCACAGAUUUACUCUAGUUAGUGGAUGAGGCGGCAGAGAGUGGCUGGAGAGAGGAGGGGGUAUCAACCUGAAUCAAUGUCAUGGCUGGAACCGCAGCUCUCCUGCCCCAGUCCAGAAGGUAUCCUAACCCUGGUAUCCAGCAUAUUAGCCAUUUGUGUUUGAAGCAUGCCAGAGGCUGAGCUAAGGCUUUCAGACUGGCCAAGAACGCAGUGUUGCUGCUAAGAUGGUCCCUCCCAGCCAGCGGACUAGGAGAUGAAGACCACUAUUGUUGCAGCUUUUUGUAUUUCUAAUCGACCCUUGUGACAUGCAAACUGGUACAGCUGCAGGGAUUAACGUUGUGCCUUACUCUGCUUCUGAAAUCGUUGCUGAAUUUGCCUCAUGAUUUGCAUUUUUGUAAUAUUGUGGAUUUGGAAUAGUAUGGGUUAGAGGGUAUGGAAGGCAGGUAGAACAAGUGGGCAAGCAGCACCAGAACCCCUCUUCAAACCUUUCUGGUAGUUAAUUUUUGUUGUCUCCAGCUGGUUCCUUUAAAUCUUUCCUUUAAACCAGGAGCCCCCAGUCCUGUUAAAGCUUGUUAGGCCUCUUUAGAAUGUUGACAGCGGGGAACGUGUCUCACCUCAACAUGGCUGCCAUGGUGAACCGGGGCCAGUCACAGAACGUUGGGACGUUGCAAGCCAAGAAUCGUCCUCCUGCGAAAUCAGUUGUUUCUGGGUUUUCCUGCUCCAGCGAUGCGGAGAGCCAGAAUUGGCUCUUUGCUUUGGGGAAGGAGCAAACGGGGGCCCAGAAAUUCAAAUUACUUAUGUUUUGUUUCAGCGGUGUUUCAUCUCUUUAUUCCUGUAUUUGGAUUUUAUGUUGCUUUUCACAUUCCUGCAAUGCAAAUCCUAUUGUAUCGUUUAUUGAACGUCCCCGUUGUUGACCAUAUUGACUUACACUGUGUGAUCUCCCUUGAGAGUCAGUGAGAAAGGCAGAUUAUAAAUAACAUAAUUAAAUAAAAAUAAAACCCCAUCCACAGGUGUCAUGGUACCCACAGGUACUGCUUUGGGGAUCUUUGCUCUAUACCUUGAGGACUGGAAACCCCCUAUUACCUGUACUUUUCAAGAGGAGCAUACUGCAUCUUCCAUGGGAAAUAGUUUGGAAAUGAAGAUUUCUCAGGAACUCAGUUGACUUUUUUAACCACUCCCUGAAGCUGUAUCUCUGUAAAUGCUGCUUAGAAACCGAAUUAUACUUUGAAGUUGCUCAACGGCCUUUUCAUU